AUGGAGCUCGACCCGCCACAGGCUUUGAGGCUACAUAUGAGGGGCUGCGGGAAUGGCAGCAUGCGGGUCGAUGUCGACUUCCCUGCCCCUCACGUCAGGUAUCUUCGUCGUGGAUGGAAGACCUUCGCUCGUGCCCAUAGCCUGUCGGAGGGGCUCGUUCUCCACUACAAAUUACUGGAGAACGACAUGCUCUUCGUCAAGCUAGUGGUCGACCACGUCGACCGGUGGUCGCGGGGCGGCCGGACUUGGCCGGCGUCGACGGCGGAGUCGACAUCCGCGGCGGCACGGGCGGCUACCGGAGCAGGCGCGGUGGGGCGAUACGAGGCAGGCAGCGGGUGGGUACGGCGCGGGGAAGGGAGAAGGGACUGGAGGCCGGAGGUGGCCUCACCGGCGUUGGAGAGAAGCGGGGCGGCGAGGCUCGGGGGCGACCGUUGUGGAGGAGGGUGGGGACGAGGCGUCGUCGCCGUGUCGGGGAGGCGGACGCAGUCCGGCGGGGAGGAGGACGGGGACGCGGCGUCGGCGGGGCAGCGUCAGGCGGCUUCGGGUCCUCGUGCGGCGGUGAUGUUCGGGUCGCACGGUGGUCGAGGCGGCGAAGAACCUGCGGGGCGGAGGCGGCAGCCCUCGGGCGCGGGCGUGCUCGCCGAGGCCGCGGGGAGCAGCGGGGAGGAGGCCGUGGCGUGGGGUGGCCUUCUGCGCCGGCGAGGUGGGGCGACGGGCGGCGGGAUCGGCGAUGGGGGUCGGGUGGUGGCUCGGGCCGGGGUUGUCGAGGCCGACGCGGGGAGGCGAGGUGGCGGAGGAGGUGCUCGAGGCAGCGGGUGGGUACGGCGCGGGGAAGGGAGAAGGGACUGGAGGCCGGAGGUGGCCUCACCGGCGUUGGAGAGAAGCGGGGCGGCGAGGCUCGGGGGCGACCGUUGUGGAGGAGGGUGGGGACGAGGCGUCGUCGCCGUGUCGGGGAGGCGGACGCAGUCCGGCGGGGAGGAGGACGGGGACGCGGCGUCGGCGGGGCAGCGUCAGGCGGCUUCGGGUCCUCGUGCGGCGGCGAUGUUCGGGUCGCACGGUGGUCGAGGCGGCGAAGAACCUGCGGGGCGGAGGCGGCAGCCCUCGGGCGCGGGCGUGCUCGCCGAGGCCGCGGGGAGCACCGGGGAGGAGGCCAUGGCGUGGGGUGGCCUUCUGCGCCGGCGAGGUGGGGCGACGGGCGGCGGGAUCGGCGAUGGGGGUCGGGUGGUGGCUCGGGCCGGGGUUGUCGAGGCCGACGCGGGGAGGCGAGGUGGCGGAGGAGGUGCUCGAGGUCCGGCGAAGGGCAGCACCAGCGUCGGGGCGCGGGGAAGGUUGGGUCGACGCGGGCGCGUCGAGGCGAUGGGGGCGUCCGGCGACGGGGGCGGGACGGCGGCGUCGCGGUCGUUGCCCCGAUCCAGAUGGGAUCGGGGAGUGGGGGAGCGAGGGAGUGGGGAGGUGGAGCUAGUGGUCGACCACGUCGACCGGUGGUCGCGGGGCGGCCGGACUUGGCCGGCGUCGACGGCGGAGUCGACAUCCGCGGCGGCACGGGCGGCUACCGGAACAGGCGCGGUGGGGCGAUACGAGGCAGGCAGCGGGUGGGUACGGCGCGGGGAAGGGAGAAGGGACUGGAGGCCGGAGGUGGCCUCACCGGCGUUGGAGAGAAGCGGGGCGGCGAGGCUCGGGGGCGACCGUUGUGGAGGAGGGUGGGGACGAGGCGUCGUCGCCGUGUCGGGGAGGCGGACGCAGUCCGGCGGGGAGGAGGACGGGGACGCGGCGUCGGCGGGGCAGCGUCAGGCGGCUUCGGGUCCUCGUGCGGCGGCGAUGUUCGGGUCGCACGGUGGUCGAGGCGGCGAAGAACCUGCGGGGCGGAGGCGGCAGCCCUCGGGCGCGGGCGUGCUCGCCGAGGCCGCGGGGAGCACCGGGGAGGAGGCCAUGGCGUGGGGUGGCCUUCUGCGCCGGCGAGGUGGGGCGACGGGCGGCGGGAUCGGCGAUGGGGGUCGGGUGGUGGCUCGGGCCGGGGUUGUCGAGGCCGACGCGGGGAGGCGAGGUGGCGGAGGAGGUGCUCGAGGUCCGGCGAAGGGCAGCACCAGCGUCGGGGCGCGGGGAAGGUUGGGUCGACGCGGGCGCGUCGAGGCGAUGGGGGCGUCCGGCGACGGGGGCGGGACGGCGGCGUCGCGGUCGUUGCCCCGAUCCAGAUGGGAUCGGGGAGUGGGGGAGCGAGGGAGUGGGGAGGUGGAGAUGGCUGCCCAGCAGAACAAGGGGGAGGAGAAUAUGCGCUGCACGGAUUUGCUGUAUAAGGAAUCAGUACGGUCCUACAAGAGGCCCCGGCAGCCUGCUCCAGAGCAGUUCCGUGUUAAUGGAUUCUGGAGAUGGUAUUCCUAUGAUUUGAUUGUGUAUUAA